AUGUCUCGUUACGCCUUGCGCAGCUGCCGCAACACUGUUGCAACAGGGCCAGCCUUGCCAAGGGUGGAGAGUCCUUUAUCCGAGUUAUCUGGUGAGCUGUCCCCAGAUAUCUGUAAUACUAAAAUCCCGGCAGAAUCCAGCACUGCGAGUGCUCAGGGCUCUGCUCCUGGUCUGGCUGCGAGCCGUGUUCCAGCGUCUGGCAACGCCGUGCUGAGGAACCCUCCUUCUGCUCAUGUACAAGCGGAGGAGGAGAAAUCAUCUCCUUCUGACUCGGAGGAUGAUGAGGAUGUCAGUUCCCAAGGGAAUCUGACUGCUGCGGGUAUUUCAAAGAAGAAUUUGUCUCGUAGUAAUGUAGAAUAUGAUGAUGAAUCUGAUACAUCUAGUUCUAGUAGUAGCAUGGAAUCCAAGAAAGCAUCUAGUAAGACUGAUGCUGAGGAACCUACUCCCCUUCAACCAGCAAGGCCUGCAAGGCUUCGUCAUACUCAGAGUCUGGAUGACCUGAGUAGGAAUGCAGUUCGCUUUAAGGAGCAGCAUAAAGCAAAGAAGCUCACCAAGGAACAAGCUUCUACAGUUAGGGCUGCAGAACGUAAUCUGACUGCCGAGCAGCGAGAAAUCCUGGCAAAACAUCAGGAUAAGGUUGCUCAGAAGCAGGCUCGCAACCCACCUGAAACCCAUAAUGCAACACCAGGCCCAAGCUCAUAUAUUGCAAAGGGAAAAUUUGCCGAUCAUAACCAGGAAGUUGAUGAUUCAGAAUUGGACAUUGAGGCUCAACGUGAGGCGCUCAAGAACUGGAACCAGGUCCGUGAUGAGAUCCAGGAAUCACUUGAUGGUCAUCAGGAUGAACCUGAACCUGAAAUGCACCAUGAGGAUGGAUUCGCAAAGGUCAGAAAGUCUUCUAAGCGGACUAAAGCUUCUGGCAAGUCCAAGGCUUUGCGAACUAAGAAACUGGUUGGUAAGACUGGCCGGUAUGAUGUUCUCGAGGUUGAGGAAACUUCUGAUGAAGAUCCUGAGGAUACUGAACUGAAAAAAUAUCAGAAAAAGCCUACAAAAUCAAAGAAAAGGACUUCUAAGAAGAAGAAUGUUCAUAAUCUUGAGCCGCUGGCAAGCGCGUUUGAUCGUUGGAUGGAAGAGGUGGUUCAGGGCAAGUCCAGAGCACCCUUAAGCAGUCAUCAUGGGAGCUGGCAUGGCUCUACUUGUCCAACAGAUCAGCUUCCAGCUGAUAGCUUCUUAGCCAAUGUUCUAACAGUUGGUAAAUCUAAGAAGAAAGCCUCACCGGAACGUAAACGGAAGCUCAAUAGGAAGAAGAAUGAGAAAUGGAAGAGCAAGCAGCAUGCUAGCUUCUCCGAUUCAGAUCCUUCAAGCUCUGAUUCCUCUUCUAGUGAUGAUUCGGAUUCAGAUUCAAGCUAUUCAUACUCUUCUCCAUCUGAUAGUGAUCCCUCGGAUUCAGACUCGAGCUCUUCAGACUCAAGUAGUGACUCACCAUCAGAAUCAGGCUCUUCAGAAGCUUCAGACUCAUCUUGUGAUAGUCGCCAUCAUUGCCGCCACUGCUGA